CUGCUUUCUGUUACAUUCCUCACUCUCCUCCUCCUCCUCAUCCUCCUUUGUUUGUUUGUUUUGUCUGUUCUCUAAACAGCCUCCCGAUAGCCGAAAGAUAUUAAAAGAAAAAAAAAGGCUUGAGCAAGGCUUGUUUAUUGCAACAAACAUGACAGAGCUGAUCCGGGAUACCGCGUUUGGCCAUCUUCUCCGCUUCGUAUCCAGAGGCAAACUUCUCAAAUAUGCCGAAGAAGCAGACCCUUCUCUCUACCUGAGAUAUAUCGACGAGAAGAAAUCGGGAAAUCUGGCCGAUCAUGGCGACACGAAUCCUCGAGAGGAUGGCACAGAGCCGGAGACCGCUGGUGGUGAUGAUCGAAGAUCACAUUCGCGAGAGACGUUGGACUCGAAAGGGGAUAGCGAUUUUGAGAAAGUCAAUGAGGCGUCUGGUGUGAAGGUGGAUCCGGAAAAGGGCAAGGACAAGCAUGUGAUUAGUUGGUGGGGCGAUCAUGAUACCGACAAUCCGCAAUGUUGGAGCACAGGGAAGAAGUGCUUUGUGACUUUUGAGAUAUGUUUAUUGACUACUUCUGUCUAUAUUGGAUCAAGUAUCUAUUCUGCGGGAACGCAAAGCGUAAUGGCUACCUUUGGAGUCUCGCAAGUGGCUGCAACCCUGGGACUCUGUCUGUUCGUCGCUGGAUAUGGCUUAGGACCCAUGUUAUGGUCUCCCAUGUCGGAAAUUCCACAAAUUGGUCGAAACCCCAUCUACCUGGGAACACUUGUCGUCUUCGUUGGUUUGCAGCCUGCAGCCGCACGUGCUGAGAACUUUGGAAUGCUUCUGGCUUUUCGAUUCAUCACGGGUUUCUUCGGUUCUCCUGUUCUUGCUACAGGCGGUGCGUCGCUCGCUGAUAUCUGGGCGCCCAAGAAGCGAGCAUACUCCGUCGCCAUCUGGGGCAUUGCAGCUGUCUGUGGGCCGACGCUCGGACCCUUGAUUGGAGGCUACGCAGUACAAUAUGCUCCCGCAGGCCCCGGCCACGGAGGCUUCACGGCACCUUGGACAUGGCCUCUUUGGGAACUCAUGUGGCUUUCUGCCUUUUGCUUGGUCUUCCUCUUCUUCCUACUGCCCGAGACUUCCGCAAACAACAUUCUGUUGCGACGCACCAAACGCCUUCGCAAGAUCACUGGUGACGACAGACUCACGUGCGAGCCAGAGAUCAUGUCCGAGCAAAUGACGGGAAAAGAGGUGGUCAUGAUGAGUUUGGUCAGACCGUUCACUCUCAACUUCUUGGAGCCUAUGGUCUUCCUCCUCAAUCUGUACAUUGCACUUGUGUACGGUUUGCUGUACAUUUGGUUCGAGUCGUUUGCCAUUGUGUUUGUUGAUAUCUAUGGCUUCGGAUUGGGCGCCGAAGGUCUCGCAUUCUUGGGAAUCUUCGUAGGAGCCUUCCUCGUCAUGCCACCCUUCUUCGCAUAUUUGCACUACGUUCUGGAACCUCAAUUCGACGAGAACGGAAACGUGCAGCCGGAGAAGCGUCUCGUGCCUUGUUUCGUAGGAGGCUUCUGCAUACCCAUCUGUUUAUUCUGGUUCGGCUGGGCCAGUCGACCAGGCGUGCAUUGGAUCGUUCCCAUCAUCGGCAGCGGCUUCUUCUCCGUCGGGACUACAUGCCUUUUCAAUAGUAUCUUGAACUACCUCCCCGAUGCAUACCCCGACUACGCCGCCUCUGUCUUGGCCGGCAACGAUUUUAUGCGAUCGGCUUUUGGCGCCGGUUUUCCUCUCUUCGCAACAGCCAUGUACAAUUAUCUAGGCGUCGGAUGGGCAUCUUCGACGCUCGCCUUCAUCUCGAUUGCUUUUAUUCCGAUUCCGUUUGUUUUGUAUAAAUACGGUGAAACACUACGUAAGAAUCACUCCAAGUAUGCUCGGAAAGAUAUUUAGACAUUUAAAGAGAUGAUGGAAAAAUGAAAAGACGGUUACCUACGGUUUAUAGCGAUAGACACGGCGAUAGACAGGCGAACUACCUGUCGGCAGUACCUCCCUACUACUACUGGCAAGCUAAAAGAUGCCUUAGGCAAAUUUGGCCGCAGGUAAUUGCCCAUAUACAAUUUAGAUGAUGAUAUAGCAGUCUUAACAUUUGUAAAGUACC